ACUUACAAUUUCCGCGUCCCGUCUACCUACGAUCCGACCAAGGCAGCUCCACUUAUCGUUGGUUUCCACGGGAGAGGAGACAGCGGCGCCAAUUUCGAGAGCGCUUCCGGAUGGUCUGUUGAGAAGAUCAAUCCCUAUGGUAUCACUGUAUAUCCUACUGCUAUCAGGGACUCCGACGGCCAAAACACAUGGCUAGGUGAUCCAAGUUGGGUCAACAACGCCACAAUCAAUGACUUGACCUUCGUCCAAGCUUUGGUGGCCAACAUAUCUUCUCAGUAUUGUGUCGACACCAGCCGUGUGUUUGCCGUCGGUAUGAGUAACGGUGCCGGCUUCGUUAACGUAAUGGCCUGUGAUCCCGUCAUGUCCACUGUAUUCACGGCAUUUGGCCCUCACUCUGGAGCUUUCUACACCAAAACGGGAGACGCGAACACAGUUUGUUUCCCAAACACCGUUUUGACGAACGACUUGGUCCACAAUACUUGCAGCCCCGCGAGACAGAAUCCCUUGAUCGAAUUCCAUGGUGACAACGAUGGGACGAUAUCUUACUUUGGAGGCGGUCGCAGAGGAUUCUGUCUACCGACACUGCCUCAUUGGUCUCAAGAUUGGGCUGCACGCGACAACUUGACGACCGACAAUGUGACUACUGUGCUCAACGGUGGAAACCUGACAAGAUAUGAAUUCGGUUCUUCGAGUGGACUUCUUGGUCUUGUUACCCAUUACCGAAUGGCAGGUUGGACUCAUACUUAU